GAAGCCAAGCAAAUUGUUCUUUGCAAAGUGUGUGGGGACCGAGCUUCUGGGAAACAUUAUGGUGUACUAACUUGUGAUGGAUGUCGAGGAUUUUUCAAGCGCAGCAUUCGAAGAGAUCUUGCAUAUCACUGCAAAGAGAGCAACGCUUGCCCUAUCGACGUCGCCAGGCGCAAUCAAUGCCAGGCCUGCCGGUUAAGGAAAUGCUUCGAAGUUCGAAUGAACCGAGAUGGUGAGUAGUUUGCUGUUGUACUUACGAUAUAAAGGUGAAAAUAUGAAGACUGGCAAAUUUUCCUCUCCAGGGUUCGCAUUAAAUAACAAGACGCGGGAUCUAACUGGAAGCCUACAAUUGCAUAGCAAUGCGGCCAUUCAAAAGUUGAAAUAAUUAAACUUAAAUUAAAAUUCUUUUUCCUUUAUGAAUCACACUGACAGGGAGCUAAUGAAAAAACUGGAACGUUUUUAGUAAUUUUAAGCUGAAGUUUUUGGGCUGCAAUUCAGUUUAUUUCUGUCGUGUAAGGUUUCGAGGCCGGGCUAACCUGCCGAAUAAAUGGUCACCUGUCGAACAUGGACUCACCCAAAAUUUAAAAAGCGUAUACGCAGUCUUCGCAAAACUCAAUAGCUCACUUUGUACAUUGCAUCACUUUGCAGAUGGACAGAAAUUGAAAAAAAAUUCCUUAAAGUUCGCUUUUUAUCGCUCCUAUAUAUGCACAAUAAGUUCAAAACUAAUAGAUCUUACUAGAUCAAAUAUAACUUUAAUUUAUUCUAAUUUAUUGUUGAUCAGCGGGACGUGCUUUAUUGUAGCGAUUUGUUUUGUGUUUGCCAUAAAAGUUAUAAUCGCAAGAAAGACUAGAAAGCGUCAACAGAAAACUCACUUCUCCAAAACUGAUCAAACGCAACUUGUUUUUAUUGUGCAAAUUUCCUGAUAACCAGACUGAUCUCAUAUUCGAAAGCUAAUCAGUUCCAAAUAUACAACACGCGCGCGCAAACUAUUGUUGUUCAUUCACACUUCUAAGGUUCUAUUAAUUGCUGUUUACAUGUAGUUUUGCACAUAGCUCCUCCUUUCAUAUUUCUACCCAAUUUACGACGUUUAAGUGUUCGCAACUGGCGAGCAAUGUUAAGAGAUUUUACCCUCGACUGAAAGUAAUUUAUUAUUUAUCAUGUACACUAAACCAAACCGAAGCGACACGGCGGUUGCAACAGCGCCUCAUAGCCUGUGUGAGUAUGAAGACUCAAUUUUAGCAGAAAUUCAAAUCAAACAAUAAAGUGAUACGGUUAGUUGAUUAUACAAGUAAUAGCCCAGAACUCUGACGAAGCAGUAUCCGGGCAGUAUCCGGGCAGUAUCCGGGCUGCCUUAUGCAAAAUGGGCGUUUUAAUGAACACCAGGGAUUUAAUUAUUCAUUCUUGUGUUUAAAAGACCGAACACAAAACAAUCCCUGUAUACAAUUUGAAGAAGUUACUUAAAAAGGUGUUUUGUUUUAUACCCGUCUCAAAAAGAACCUUGCCAUGCUUUUGUUUGGUUAUUUCUUUAGAACCUUUUCUCUUUCCGGUUUCUUUUCACGGUCUUUUGACUCAUUUGAGAGUAAACUGUGAUUUAACUUUACCGCAAAAAUUUAUUCAUCCUUGCCUUAAGUCAACAACAUAAUGUAUUCAAAAAACAAAUGCUUAAGAUCCACUUUUGCAGUCAUUAUUUUUGCUUUAAAAAGUUUUUGAAAAGGAAAUUUCCACUUAUUUGGUCUAUAGAUCAAGACAAAACAUCGCGUACAAAAAAAAAUUACCCUUAAAGUUUGGUACAAUGAAGCCUCAGAUUUAUUCACUUUGGAAUUCAGCCCGAUCGCAAAAUAAAUAUUUUCUUAAAGGUGGCGUUUCCAUUUCUUUCUUCAAGCAGAAAAGCAAAUAACAAGUCAUAGGCGGCAAGGUAUACUGAAUGAAAAAGGCAAAUAUGGAUACAAAAACAAAUACGGCAUAAAAACUAUGAGUGAUAUAUAAUUUCGACCACCGUCGCAACAAUAUUUCUAAUCUGUUUAAAGAAAUUUUGUUAAAAGUUAUCGGUUUUGCUUUUUAUGCAGUCGACAAUAAAGUAAUAGUUUUUAAAAGUCACUUCUCUUGGCUUAGUGUAAAAUAAAAGGAAAUAUUUGGCCUAAGUACACUAAUUUUGUUAAAAUCAUCUUUUUGUUGACAACGCGCCAUUGUUUUUUUAUCAUUGAACAAGUGAUUUCUGAAAGCUAAUGACGGUAAAAUUAAUGAGAGCAGGUGUGCGAUUGUUUACCAAUAAAUGAGUUUAGCAACGAUUUUUCAAUUCGUGUUUUGAUUAAUUUGUUACUCAGCUCGACCAAAGUCGUCUUGUGGAAUUUAGAAAACUUAUUUGUGUAGCGAACAAAAGCAUUUCAAUACAUAUGCAGUCUUCGGGACUUGAUAUCAAUCUAAGGACCAGUUAGCCAAUCAUAGCAAGGCAAAACAUAAUCUCUAGGAAGGACAGCUGAGACUGUUAUAAACCUAUUAUCAUUUAUUACCCGCAAUUAUCAAUGUCCUGAGGGACCCCAAGGAAUUUAAAGGUUUUCUUUUGUUACGUCACAGUUGUUCGGGUAAGAGUGAUAACCAAUUAAAAGUUGCUUUAUUACGCAAUGUCAGUCAAACUAUUUUUUAUCAGGGAAGAUUCUUUUUCAGUCUUGUUUUUUUUAACAUGUCACGAUACAAAAAGGAAUGCCAAAGAUAAUAAUCAAACCAAUUAACAACUUCCUGUCGGCUACUUAGGCAGUAGUUACCAACUUGAAGUUGAUAUAGGAUAAUAAUAAUACUGCUCAUAAUAACGCUAAUAAUAAUAAUAAUAAUAAUAAUAAUAAUAAUAAUAAUAAUAAUAAUAAUAAUAAUAAUAAUAAUAGCGCAUAAUACAUAAUAGUAAUAAUAACAAUACUGAUGAUAUAUUUACCAUAGAACAUGUUUUUCGUAGUAUAACUAAUGCAUUAAAUUUCUUUAUACAAACUUUAUUUAUUUAAAAAAGUACUCAAAAGGACUUUACGCACAAAUCACUAGGAACUUGAAGUUGUGGCCUGCAACGAAUUCGCCAAAUACGGUGCUAUCUGUUAAAAUGUGAUGACCGAAAUAAUAACAGUAACGAUGAUGAUGAUGAUGAUAUGAAUUACAUAACUUUUAAAGUAGAAAAACAAAGUUUGUCUGAAGAAAGGUUCCUUUGAAAUCUUAGAAGCAGCUUGUUUACAUAAUUUUGAUGAUGAUGAUGAUGAUGUGAAUAACAUAACCAUGAUGAUAUGAAUAACAUAACUUUUAAAGAAGAAAAACGAAGUUUGUCGGAAGAAAGUAGUGCAAUUUUACGGUUCAGCAUUUUGGAUGAAAUCUGAAUACUUUAGCUAGAUGAGAGUAAGUUGUCUGUAACCUACCCUCCCUCACACGACUGAGUCGACUGAGGGCAAAAUUAAUGUUAUCUUCUGAUAAUAGGAUCUCAGCGCCUGUGAAAUUACCAAUAAAUGGUCUAUAUGUGAUGAAAACUAUUCAAGUACCAUUCGUAAUUGAAAGAAAGAAAGAUAUCAAACAAUUUAGUCGAAGACAAAACCAAACGUGAUCAGUUUUUGGUAAAUACUGGUCAACUUGCAGAAGAGUUGAACUUGAAUAGUUUGGCCCAGUUCUUGAGUUGCCAUCUUUUCCGUACUACUUAACAGACGAGUUCAGGAAGAGAAAGUUGUAACGUAUUGGGGGAGCAUUUCAGUGAUGACAAAGCGAACGCAAAAAUUUUCUUAACCUCACUGUGAUCUAUUUUUAACUUUUUCAGCCGUUCAACACGAGCGAGCCCCGCGAGCAAAUCAAAUCAAGAAGGUAGAAAACGAAGAGAUCCGAUGCAAGACUUUGAAAAGGAAACUAAACAAUUAUGAGCAAGAACACUUUGACAUGCCCCCCACCCCACCCACCCAGAUACACAUAACCCCGAAGAAAGAAAAGGUGUUCGACGCGCCGGUGACACCAGAGCCUGGUUGCUAUAGAAACAGCCCUCCAAGGUUUCUUAUUGGGUAUGUUAAUCCGGAGAGCCCGAAGGAUGUUUCAGUAGCCGUUUCCAUGGCAGCGACCAUGACCCCACCCCAUACCCCACAGCAUGGACAGCAAGUACCUUACCCACUUCUGUAUCUCGGCUCGCCGGAAAUGUUGCAUGAGUCCGCUGUUCGUAUCUUGUUUAUGACAGUCAAAUGGGUUCGUAACAUCCCGACGUUCUUUGAUCUGCCUUUCCGAGAUCAGGCGAUUCUUCUCGAGGAGGGCUGGAGCGAGCUCUUCAUCCUCAGUGUUGCCCAGUGGAAUCUUCCAGUUGAGAUGAACACUUUACUCGCCGCUGCGGGAUUGAACCCGGAGCGGGACGGGACAGACAAGAUGAUGUGUGGAAUGGGAGACAUCAAGGCGUUGAAAAACAUUGUUGAGAGGUUUCGAGCUGCCAAUAUUGACCAGACAGAGUACGCAUGCCUGAAAGCUAUUGUUCUCUUUAAGCCAGGUUGGUGAUUUUGUUUUUAGAUACCAACAAAGCAGUAGUAUUGGGUAUAGUUAAUAGGGGUGCUUACCAUUAGCCGUCUUGAAAGUCGUAAAGAGAAUUUCACUAUCAAUCCGAAAACUCCAGCCAGGAAGAGUCUAACCGCCGCCCGGUUAGCUUAGUGCGAUAAGCGCCGGUCUGCUGAGUGGGAGGUCGCGGGUUCAAACCCAGGCCGGACCAAUACUCAGAGUCUUUAAAUAACGGUCUUUAAAGUGCUGCCUUUGUAAUAACUUCUGCAAACGGUUUGAAUUUCUAGUCUUCUCGGAUAAGGACGAUAAACCGUAGGUUCCCUCUCGCAAGCCCUUGCAAAUAAAAUAAACCUGUGGGACGUUAAAGAACCCACACACUCUUCGUAAAGAGUAGGGCACGUAGUGCCCGGCGUAGUAGUCUAUCUCACUUUCACACUCAUGUAUGGGGGCAUCAUUACUCAUUCCUUCAUUAUUUGUAAACUGCACCUAAGUACUCUGGCAAAGUACCCCAACCAGUGUUGUAAAUUAUUCCUGAAAAACCCUGAGGGGAGUGGAUGAUAAGAUAUUUACAAUUUACAAUCUAUUCUAGGCUAUGUUCACGGGUAGCUUUUGUGCCGGCACGCAAACCAUACCGGACGGUGCUUUUGUUCACACAGUAAGAACGGCGAUUUGUGGAGAGGCAUAUAUGUAUCGGAUAGGUGUUCAUAAUUUACGGGAUGGCUUUUCGUGCCGGUACAAAAAGCUAUCUCCUAUAGUGUGAAUAUAACCUUAAACACUGGAGCUUACAACUGCAGAAUGACCCUUUUUCAAAGUGGAUAAAUACACACUCAACACUUUUAUGACACUGCUAUUUUCUAUUUCGGCGGCAAGGUAGAAAUACUCAUGCUGUUUGUAUUGAUAAUUGCCAUUUCAGAUACAAGAGGGCUACGAGCACCAAACCAUGUGGAACAGCUUCAAGACCAAGCACAAAGCAUGCUGGGAGAAUACGAUAAUCAGACCUAUCCGAGUCAACAAGUACGUUUCGGAAGAUUGCUUCUGAUGCUGCCUUCCUUGCGAGAGCUGUCUGCAAAGUGCAUAGAACAGAUAUUUUUCCGCGGUACACUCGACAAUAUUCCAAUGGAAAGACUUCUGUCUGAUAUGUUUAAGUCUGCUUAA